AUGGCGCAGCAGACCUUCAUCUCAGAAAUCCAUGUGCCUAUCAAGCAAGAUGACAUGAGUUUUCAGGAGCGACAGAUAAAACAGUGGGGUCAGUUGGAGAGCAGAAUGCAGGAGCGACGAAAACUCUGGGAGGAUGAGUUUGAAAGGAUGCGCCAAGAGUUCUUCACACUGAAACCCUCGGAGAAAACCAGUCAGAGCCUGACUUCGAUGAACCUUGACACGGGGAUGCGCAGUAUGUUUGAGACUGACGCAGACGGGGUUCAAAGAUUCCGAAUCAGGUUCGAUGUCUGCGAAUUUCAACCAGAAGAGAUUCAGGUUAAAGUUCAAGACAAUAAAUUGAUAGUCAAUGCCAGGCACGAGGAAAAAUCAGCCCAGACGUCAGUCAGUAGAGAAUACAGUCGUCAGGUAGACAUUCCUUGCAGUGUGGAUCAAGAGAAGAUGCAGUGUAUCCUUAGUAAAGAUGGGAUUCUCAGCGUUGAGGCACCCCUGAAUCAGCCAGCACUUACCGGGGAGGACACCAUAUUUCCAGUAAAAUCUUCAACACCAGGCAAAUCUCUCGACAUGUCCGCACAGGUCAAAAAUCCAAUUAUCACUGAAGCUGAUGGUUCUAGAAAAUUAAGACUGGAGGUGGACAUUGGAGAGUUUAAACCAGAAGAUGUGGUAGUCAAGACGAUGGACAGGAAGUUGAUCGUUCAUGCAGAACAUGAGGAGAAGACUUCUGGCCGCACUCUGCAUAAAGAGUUUAACAAGGAAUAUGACUUGCCUGAAUCGGUGGACCCUGCAACUAUCCAAGCCUACCUGACGGAAGACAAGAAGCUAACAAUAGAAGCACCAUUAAAACCACUGCAGAAGAAGACAUACACGGUGACACAGAGCCAGGAUGUAAGGAAAGUUACAGUCAGCAAAGAGUCAUCAGUCACAAUCAGUGAUAGUCAGAACAGACCAGUGGUUACAAUCAGUGUGCACAGAAAAUAA